AUGGAACGACCGGAAAAACACGUGAGGAACCGGCGAUGUCUCCAGAGUCGACGCUCUCGGAUCAUUCUUGCCGUCGUUGCUUUCAUUGCUGUGCUCGCGGUUGUUAUCCCCCCUGCUGUUGUGGUCACCCUACACAAGAAGAACAGCAUGGGCCCCAAGGCCAAGGUGUUUGUGCCUCUCUAUGUGUACCCUGCUCCGGGGGCCUGGACUCCUUUGGAAGAAGUGAUCUCUGCGCGCCCCGACGUCAACUUCACCGUCGUGAUCAAUCCUGGUAGCGGCCCCGGACCCGACGCCUUGCCUGAUGCGAACUAUACUAGGGAGAUUCCCAAGCUGGCCUCAUACGACAAUGUGCGCCUUCUGGGAUACGUCGCUACCACCUACGCGAAGCGGAACAUCUCGCUAGUGCGCAAGGACAUCGAGACCUAUGCGGCGUGGCCGAGCCGGAGUUCCAACCCGGACCUGGCGGUUCGGGGAAUAUUCUUCGAUGAAACGCCCCAAGAAUACGAUCCCAAUGUAUUGUCAUAUUUCCAGGAGCUCACAUCAUUUGUGAAGUCGACCCCUGGGCUUGGUCCCGAUCAUUUUGUUGUUCACAAUCCCGGAGCCAUCCCCGACACCCGCUACUUGUCGACGGCUGACUCGACGGUGGUGUUCGAGGCCAGCUACGAUACGUUCCAGGAGCGCGAUGGCGCUAAAAUGUUCGAGGAGAUUCCAAACAGCAACCGAAGUCAGCUCUGCGCGGUGAUCCACUCGGUUCCGCAGGAUGUGGAAGGGUCCAAGCUGCGUGGACUAGUGAAGCAAGUUCGGCGAGUCGCGGACGAGAUUUUCAUCACGCAUUUGGAGACGGACUACUAUGCCAGCUUUGGCGGGCAGUGGAAGGAGUUUGUGGAUCUGAUGGCGAAGUGA